AUGCCCAAUUUUUUCAGAGUCUGUGGCUUUGCUGAUGUAGGUAUGGAGAAGGUGAUUGCAACAGUCACUGGUUAUCAUGGCGCUGAGAGGUUCAAGCUCAUCAAGCUUAUCGCCCAUACUGGUGCCAAUUAUGUCGGGACAAUGAGAAGCUCUAUCACACACCUGGUGUGUUGGAAGUUCGAGGGCCAAAAGUACAGUCUUGCAAAGAAGUUCAAUACAAUUGUAGUCAAUCACCAAUGGGUGGAAGCAUGCGUAAGGGAAGGGAGACUAGUUCCCGAGGCGCCUUACACGCUUAAAAGUGGGGAAGAAGUUGGACCUUUGAUGACUGAAGUUCCCGAGGUUCCUAAGAAAGUGAAGGUGAAGCAUGCAUCACCUUAUGAUAAAUACUUUGAGGAUGGUCAAGAAAGCAGGAGCGGCUCCACUUCCGAGCUUUCCACUUGGAUGGACUCUAUCCUGUUAAAAGAGAAAAAUGUAGAAGCAAAGAGACACUCAGCGCGUUUAAGGGCAAAGAGGCCAAUUAGUAGUAUUUUUGAAGACAAGGAAAACGCUGGCGCGGCGGAAUCUUCAGGGAGAGGAAAGAGGCGUUUAGUAAAGAAUCAGUCUUGCAUAAGCCUUAUCGACCUUGAAUCCGAUGAGGAAUCUGAUAGUAACUGUUUUGACAAUUCUGAUGAGAACCGAAGUAAGACUCGAGAUCGUAGAGAGCCUGGGGAUGAAAGUGUGAAGGACCGUGUUUUAGAACCAGGAGAAACAUCAGCUCUUCGAAGUCAUGGAGUCUCCGCAACACAGAGCUGGGAUGUAGAUGAGAUAGAGGAGUCUGAGAGUUGGAGUCAUUCAUCUGUUUUCAAACGCCCGAGAUAUAAAAGCGCAGAGAGAAACCCGCAAGAGGAGGAGUCAAACUUGAACAAACCCGAAGAGACAGAAGAAACUACGAAGGUUUCUUGUGUCAUAUGCUGUACCGAUUACAGUUCCACUAGAGGCAUUCUCCCUUGUGGCCACAGGUUUUGUUAUUCUUGCAUCCAAACAUGGGCAGAUCAAUUGGUUUCACAAAGAAAGAGCACAACGUGUCCAUUGUGCAAGUCUAGUUUCGUAGCCAUUACAAAGAUGGAAGACGCAGGAUCUUCCGAUCAAAAGAUAUACUCACAAACAGUCCCUGACCCAUCUUCAGCAAAGAACAGUCUUGUAGUCCUCCCUGAAGAAGAAAUACAAGGCUUCACUCCUCCACUGUCUCGAGUUUUGCAGUCUCGAGCUUCAGCUUGCAGCAGAUGCUACAGUAGUGAGCCGGAGGAUCUUCUCAUUAGAUGUCACCUCUGCAAUUUCCGGCGUAUACACUCUUACUGUUUAGACCCUUAUUUGAUUCCUUGGACCUGUAGCCAUUGCAGUGACCUUCAGACGCUUUAUCAGCAUCGUGGUCGUGGCUACUAA